UGAGCCGACCGGAAGUCGAGGCGCGCGACUUCCGGCGAGGCAUCGCCUGGGCCGCGAGUCCUCAACUCGCCCGCAACGCCGCCUUGGCGAGUCGCUGUUUCUCGCUGGGCGAUAAACUCUUUCUUUUCCCCCCACCCCAUUUCCUCCCACGACUCGCAACGUCAACAAAAUAAACGUGCGCACGAUGUAUUCAUUGGUGUGCUGAAGUUGUGGGGUGGGUGGGGAAGGAGAGCCGGGAAUAGCUGCUCGCAUUUGAGACCUGCCCUCGCGGGUCCAUCGUGAGCGAUCGGAGAGAAGCCAUGGCUGCCGUAUUCGCGGCGCCUGUGCCGAGCGUGCUGGACCAGGCAGCGCUCGUCAAGAAAUGUCUCCAGCAGGCGUACUCGCUCACCGACAGCAACACCCCUGAUGAGGCCAAGUUGAAGGCUAUGCAAGAAGUCAGUGAAAACUUUGAGAAUGUCACGACGUCGCCACAGUACCCAUUCUUCCUGGAGCACGUGAUCCCACGCUUCCUCACCUUCCUGCAGGAUGGGGAGGUGCAGCACCUGCAGGAGAGACCUCUCCAGCAACUGCGAAAGCUGGUGUUGGAGAUCGUCCACCGCAUCCCAACCAACGAACACCUGCGCAUCCACGCGAAGAACAUCCUCUCGCUGAUGUUCCGCUUCCUGGAGGUGGAGAACGAGGAAAACGUGCUCAUCUGCCUGCGAGUCAUCAUUGAGCUUCACAAGCAGUUCCGGCCGCAGAUAACGCAGGAGAUUCACCAUUUCCUGGACUUUGUGAAGCAAAUCUACAAGGAUCUUCCCAAAGUAGUGAACCGCUACUUCGAGAACCCUCAGCCAAUCCCGGACAAUGCUCCCUUGUCUCAGGAGAUGGUUGGGAUGGUAACGGCUGUGCAAGUGAAGGUCAACCCAGAGCGAGAGGACAGCGAGACCAGGACGCACACGCUCAUCCCGAAGGGCACUCUCUCACUCAAAGUCCUGGCAGAACUCCCCAUCAUCGUCGUGUUAAUGUACCAGCUGUACAAGCAGAGCAUCCACAAUGUGGUCGCGGAGUUCAUCCCUCUCAUCAUGAGCACCAUCACCCUGCAAGUGUCUCCGCAGGCCAAGCAAAACAAGCUGUUUAACAAGGAGCUGUACGCCGACUUCAUUGCAGCUCAGAUCAAAACGCUGUCCUUCUUGGCUUACAUUAUCCGAGUCUAUCAGGAGCUGGUGAGCAAGUACUCGCAGCAGAUGGUGAAGGGGAUGCUUCAGUUGCUCGCUGGCUGCCCACCCGAGACGGCUCACCUGCGCAAGGAGCUCCUCAUCGCCGCCAAGCACAUCCUCACCACGGACCUGCGCAACCAAUUCAUCCCCCAGAUGGACAAGCUGUUUGACGAGUCCAUCCUCAUCGGUUCUGGCUACACGGUCAGGGAGACGCUCAGGCCGCUCGCCUACAGCACGCUCGCCGACCUGGUGCACCACGUGCGCCAGCACCUGCCGCUGUCGGAGCUGGCACUGGCCGUGCGCCUCUUCUCACGGAACAUCGACGACGAGACUCUGCCCAGCAGCAUCCAGACGGUGUCGUGCAAGCUGCUGCUCAACCUCGUGGAGUGCAUCCGCUCCCGCAGCGAACAGGAGGGCGGCAACGGCCGCGAGGUGCUGCUGCGCAUGCUGGAGGUGUUCGUGCUCAAAUUCCACACAAUCUCCAAGUACCAGCUGCCGGCCAUCUUCAAGAAGUGCAAACCGCAGGCGGAGCUCAUUGGGGUCAUGCCCGGCAGCUCGGAGAUGAUGGCGCCUGCCACACCGGGCCCCGGUCCCAGCCCCAGCCCCUGCCCCACACCCACGUCGGUGGCUCCCUCCACGUCCUCCCAGGGCCCCUCCACACCGGGGACCCCCGGGGCGGUGGUCGGCGGUGGCGGUGGCCCGGGGCCACCGCUGCCUUCCGUCGCGUCCACAUCGCACCACAUGGGGGCGGCGGUGACGACGACGCCGCAGCAGCAGCAGCAGCCGCAGGGAAGUGGCGGCGGCGGUGGUGAGAGAGUGGCGCAAGGUGCCACGGAGCAAGCUGACAAGCAGCCGUUCUGCGUGGGCGACUGCCGUGGCCUGGUGAAGACCCUGGUGUGCGGAGUUAAGACCAUCACCUGGGGCAUCGGUUCGUGCAAGACACCCGGAGAUGCCACCGCUGUGCACAAGCAGUUUCAGCCGAAGGAGACGCAGAUAUUUAUCAAACUGGUGAAAUAUGCCAUGCAGGCUCUCGACAUUUACCAGGUGCAGGUGGGAGUGAACGGGCAGACAUACAUCCGAGCCGCCAACUCGCAGACGGUGCGCAUCAAGGAGGAGAAGGAGGUGCUGGAGCACUUUGCCGGAGUGUUCACCAUGAUGAACCCGCUGACCUUCAAGGAGAUCUUCCAGACCACGGUUCCCUACAUGGUGGACCGCAUCGCAAAGAACUACGCGCUGCAGAUUGUGGCCAACUCAUUCCUGGCAAACCCCAGCACAUCGGCGCUGUUUGCCACCAUCCUGGUUGAGUAUCUGCUGGAGCGUCUGCCCGAGAUGGGAUCCAACCUGGAACGCUCCAACCUCUACCUCAAGCUCUUCAAGCUCGUCUUCGGCUCCGUCUCGCUAUUCGCGGCCGAGAAUGAGCAGAUGCUCAAGCCCCAUCUGCACCGCAUAGUGACGAGUGCCAUGGAGCUGGCACAGACAGCGAAGGAGCCAUACAACUAUUUCCUGCUGCUACGGGCGCUCUUCCGCUCCAUCGGAGGGGGCAGCCACGAUCUGCUGUACCAGGAGUUCCUGCCGCUGCUGCCCAACUUACUGCAGGGCCUGAACAUGCUGCAGAGCGGCCUGCACAAGCAGUACAUGAAGGACCUGUUUGUGGAGCUGUGCCUGACGGUGCCGGUGCGCCUCAGCUCGCUGCUGCCCUACCUGCCCAUGCUCAUGGACCCGCUGGUGUCGGCGCUCAACGGCUCGCAGACGCUCGUGAGCCAGGGCCUGCGCACGCUCGAGCUGUGUGUCGACAACCUGCAGCCCGACUUCCUGUACGACCACAUCCAGCCCGUGCGCGCCGAGCUCAUGCAGGCGUUGUGGCGGACCCUGAGGAACCCCGCGGACAACAUCUCACAUGUGGCCUACCGCGUGCUGGGCAAGUUUGGCGGCAGCAACCGCAAGAUGCUGAAGGAGUCGCAGAAGCUGAGCUGGCAGGGCACCGAGACGCAGGGCCCCAGUGUCACCGUGGAGUUUCCCGACUGCAAGGCCUCCAUACAGCUGCCCAUGGAGAAGGCGAUUGAGACUGCCCUGGACUGCCUAAAGAGCGCCAGCACGGAGCCCUACUACAGGCGGCAAGCCUGGGAGGUCAUCCGUUGCUUCCUGGUCGCCAUGAUGUGCCUGGAUGACAGCAAGGUUCCGCUGCAUCAGCUACUAGCGCAUCCCAGCUUCACGGACAAGCCGGUACCGUCGGUGAUCAUCUCGCACCGCUUCAAGGCUCAGGACACGCCGGCGCGUCGCACCUUCGAGCAAGCGCUAACCGGCGCCUUCAUGUCGGCCGUCAUCAAGGACCUCCGGCCCAGCGCCCUGCCCUUUGUUGCCAGCCUCAUCCGCCACUACACCAUGGUGGCCGUGGCACAGCUGGCUGGCCCGUUCCCGCUGGGUGCCCACAAGCCCGACUCGCAGCUGAGCACGCUGAUGUUCCACGGCGAGGAGGGCGGCGCGCGUUGCAUGGACCCGCUGGUGCUGGUGGACGCCAUCGCCGUGUGCAUGGCGUACGAGGAGAAAGAGUUGUGCAAGAUCGGCGAGGUGGCGCUCGCCAUCAUCUUCGACGUCGCCUCCAUCAUCAUGGGCUCCAAGGAGAGGGCGAGCCAGCUGCCGCUCUUCUCGUACGUGGUGGAGCGCCUGUGCGCGUGCUGCUACGAGCAGGCGUGGUACGCCAAGCAGGGCGGCUGUGUGGCCAUCAAGUUCCUCAUGGAGCGCCUGCCUCUCGCCUGGGUGCUCCAGCAUCAGUACACAUUCCUCAAGGCCCUGCUCUUCGUCAUGAUGGACCUCACCGGGGAGGUGUCGAGCGGCGCCGUGGCGAUGGCGACGGCGACACUGGAGCAGCUGCUGGUGCGGUGCGCGUCGCCGCUGCGCGAUGACGAGCGCACCGCGGAGCUGGUGGCCUCGCAGGCCAAGGCGCUGCACGCGGCCACGCACGAGCUGGUGCGCGAGGUCACCUCGCCCAACCAGACGGUGCGCGCGCAGGCCAUGCGCUCGCUGCAGGUGCUGGCGCGCGCCACGGGCAAGAGCGUCGCCGACAUCAUGGAGCCCCACAAGGAGGUGCUCCAAGACAUGAUCCCACCCAAGAAGCACCUGCUGAAACAUCAGCCGGCCAACGCGCAGAUCGGCCUCAUGGAGGGCAACACCUUCUGCACGACGCUUCAGCCGCGCCUCUUUACCAUGGACCUCACCAUCAUGGAGCACAAGCUCUUCUUCUCCGAGCUGCUCACUCUGUGCGAGGCCGAGGACGCUGUCCUCAUGAAGCUGCCCUGCUACAAGUCGCUGCCCUCCCUGGUUCCCUUGCGCAUCGCUGCGCUCAAAGCGCUGGCGUCGUGCAACUACCUGGCCGAGGUUCGAGAGAAGAUCAUCGCGGCCCUCUUCAAGGCUCUCAACUCCAGCAACGACGAGCUGCAGAAGGCGGGCGAGUCGUGCAUGGAAAAGUUCCUGGAGGGCACAACCAUCGGUAUGGACCAGAUCCACAAUCUGAUGCGGCCGCUGCUGAUGCUUUUGGGCGACUACCGCAGCCUGAGCCUCAACGUCGUCCGUCGCUUCACCUCCGUCACCCGCCUCUUCCCCAGCUCGCUCAACGACAAAUUCUGCGACCAGAUCAUGCAACACCUGCGGAAGUGGAUGGAGGUGGUGGUGAUUGCUCACAAGGGAGGACAACGCAAUGACGGAUCGCCUGCCAUGGAGGGUCUGGAGAUGACGCUUGGGUGUGUCAGCCCGGCAGCGUUAGCUCCUGGCAAUUAUGGGAUUUCAUUGGAAAUGAAGAUUUGCGCGGCGAUCAUCAACCUGUUCCACCUGAUACCGGCGGCGCCGCAGACCCUGGUGAAGCCGCUGCUGGAGGUGGUGAUGAAGACUGAACGUGCCAUGCUCAUAGAGGCUGGUAGCCCAUUCCGGGAGCCACUCAUCAAGUUCUUGACUCGCUACCCAGCCCAGACGGUGGAGCUUUUCAUGAUGGAGGCCACGCUGAACGACCCGCAGUGGAGCCGCAUGUUCAUGAGCUUCCUCAAGCACAAGGACGCCAGGCACCUGCGCGACGUCAUCUCGGCGUCGCCCGUCCGCUUCGUGGGGCUGCUAGCGCCGGCCGCCGCCCCGCCCGCUCGGCCCGGCUCCCCAACCACCGCCCCCAGCAGUCGACUCGACCUGCAGUUCAACGCAAUCAAGAUCAUCAGCAUUCUGGUGAAGCACGACGAGAAGUGGCUGCCGGGCCAGCCGGGGCUGGUGAGCCACCUGCGGCGUGUGUGGGUGAGCGACGCUUUCCAGGAGCGCCACCGCAAGGAGAACAUGGUGACGUCGCACUGGAAGGAGCCCAAGCUGCUCUCCUUCUGCCUGCUCAACUACUGCAGGAACCACUACGGGGAGAUGGAGCUGCUGUUCCAGCUGCUGCGGGCGUUCACGUCGCCACUCCUCUGCAACGUCUCCUUCCUCAAGGAGUACAUGGAGGAGGAGCUUCCGCGCUCGUACGGCGUUGUGCACAAGAGAGCGCUCUUCUUCAAGUUCGUCGAGAUCUUCCACGACGCCACCUUCCCCGAGGAGCUCAAGGCCAAGGCUCUGCAGCACAUCCUCAUCCCUGCGUUCCAGAGCAGCUUCGAGAAGGCGGAAGGAGAAGCUCUGCUGGGGCCUCCCAACCCCGAGGGCGACAACCUGGAGAGCAUCAGCAGCGUCUUCAUCAACAAGGUGCUGGAGCCCGAGAAGCACGGCGAGAUGCUGGACUCGCUGCGGAUCGCCGUGCUGCAGUUUGCCGCGCUACUCGUGGAGCACGCUUCGCACCACAUCCACGACAACAACAAGAGCCGCAACACCAAGCUGCGCCGCCUCAUGACCUUCGCCUGGCCCUGCCUGCUCAACAAGACGUGUGUCGACCCCGUGUGCAAGUACCACGGCCACCUCGUGCUGGCGCACAUCAUCGCCAAGUUCGCCAUCCACAAGAAGAUCGUGCUGCAGGUGUUCAUCAGCCUGCUGAAGGCGCACGCGCUGGAAGCACGGCUGGUGGUGCGGCAGGCGCUCGCCAUCCUCACGCCGGCCGUGCCCGCGCGCAUGGAGGAGGGCAACCAGCUGCUGGCGCACUGGACGCGCAAGCUGAUGGUGGAGGAGGGCCACACGGUCCCGCAGCUCGUGCACAUCCUGCACCUGUUGGUGCAGCACUGCAGGGUGUACUACCCGGUGCGGCACAGCCUGGUGCAGCACAUGGUGUCGGCGAUGCAGCGGCUGGCGUUUACGCCCAGCGCCACGCUGGAGCAGCGCAAGCUGGCGGUGGACCUGGCCGAGGUGGUCGUCAAGUGGGAGAUGCAGAGGAUCAAGGACGCGCAGCCGGAGGAGGAGGAUGCGGAGCACCCGUCCUGCUCUGACGCAGCUGCAGCGGCGCUAAAACGAGGCCUCCCGGCGGAAUCGACGCAGGACGUCAAACGCUUCCGCGUGGCCACUGCAGCGCCCAUUGGGCGCAGCCAGGUGGUGCCGGUGGCGGAGCAGUUGGCGGCGAAGCCGAUCGACAAGCAGCAUACCGACACGGUGGUCAACUUCCUCAUCCGCAUCGCCUGCCAGGUGAACGAGACGACCGGCACCGUGGGCUCUCCGGGCGAGCUGCUGUCUCGCCGCUGUGUGAUGCUCCUCAAGACGGCGCUGCGCCCGGACAUGUGGCCCAACGCCGAGCUCAAGCUGCAGUGGUUCGACAAGCUGCUCAUGACCGUCGAGCAGCAGGCGCAGGCGAACCUGGCGAACAUCUGCACGGGCCUCGAGGUGCUGGCCUUCCUGCUGACGGUGCUGCCCCCGCCCACCGUGCUGGCGAGCUUCAAGCCGCUGCAGCGAGCACUCGCCGCCUGCAUGAGCUGCCCCAACACCAAGGUGCUGCGCGCCGUGCAGGGCCUGCUCUCCCGCCUCAUGAGCAGCUUCCCCACGGAGCCCAGCACGUCCACCGUGGCGUCCAAGUACGAGGAGCUGGAGAGCCUCUACGCGGCGGUGGGCAAGGUGAUUUACGAGGGCCUCACCAGCUACGAGAAGUCGGCGAGCAGCAGUCCUACGCAGCUCUUCGGCACGCUGCUGAUCCUCAAGUCGGCGUGCAGCAACAACCCGAGCUACAUCGACCGCCUCAUCUCCGUGUGCAUGCGCUCGCUGCAGAAGAUGGUCCGCGAUCACCUGACCCCGCAGACGACGCCAGGGGUGGCCGACACAGGGGCCGUGACGAGCGAGCUGAUCGUGUUGUGCCUGGAGCUGGUGAAAACGCGUCUGGCCGUCAUGAACAUGGAAAUGCGCAAGGGCUUCCUGCAGGGCAUCCUUACCUCGCUGCUCGAGAAGUCUCAAGACCCCAAGAUCCUGCGCGCCAUCGUGCGCAUCACCGAGGAGUGGAUGAAGAACAACUCGCCCAUGGCUGCCAACCAGACACCGACGCUGCGGGAGAAGACAGUGCUGCUCGUGAAGAUGAUGACGUACGUGGAGAAACGCUUCCCCGAUGACCUGGACCUGAACACUCAAUUCCUCGACCUCGUCAAUCACAUCUAUCGGGACGAGAGUCUGGCGGGCAGCGAGCUGACGGCGCGGCUCGAACCGGCUUUCCUUGCCGGCCUGCGUUGCCCGCAGCCCCAGACGCGAGCCAAGUUCUUUGAGGUCUUCGACACGUCCAUGCGGCGGCGCGUGUACGACCGCCUGCUCUACAUAUCCUGCUCGCAGAACUGGGAGGCCAUGGGCUUGCACUUCUGGAUCAAGCAGUGCGUCGAGCUCCUGCUGGCGGUGUGCGAGCGCGGCUCACCGCUGGGCACAGCGUGCCACGGCUCUACGCUGCCGUCCAUCACCAACGUGGUGAGCCUGGCCAACAGCCACGACCGCGCCGCCUUCGCCAUGGCCAGCCGCGUCAAGCAGGAGCCGCGCGAGAGCACGGACAGCAAGGACGAGGACGUGGACAUUGACAUCGACAUGGCCGGGAGCGACCAGGCCCACCAGCCGAAGGUGAAGGAGCACGGAGAGAAAGACGUGGGCAACCAGCUGCACCUGCUCACGAGUCGCCACGACAAGUUUCUGGACUCGCUCAGGGAGCUCAAGACGGGGCUGCUGCUCACGGCGUUUGCGCAGCUGUGCCACAACAGCACCCCACUGGCGGAGCGCACUUGGGUGCAGCUGUUCCCCCGCCUCUGGAAGAUACUGUCUGAGAGACAGCAGCACGCCCUGUCGGGAGAGCUGGGCCCGUUCCUGUGCAGCGGGAGCCACCAGGUGCAACGUGACUGCCAACCCAGCGCCCUUGCCUGCUUCCUGGAGGCGGUGACGCACUGCACGCCCGCCGUGCCGCUGCGGCCCGUGCUGCUCAAGCACCUGGGCAAGACGCACAACCUGUGGCUGCGCGCCGCCCUCUGCCUGGAGCAGCAGGCGCUCGAGAGCCCCGGGCUGGGCCUGCAGAUCAAGCCGCGCUCCACCGCCGCCACGGGCGAUGUUUACCAGCAGGACCCCAUCACGCCGCCGCAGCAGGAGAUUCUGGAUUCUUUGUCGGAGCUCUACUCCCAGCUGCAGGAGGAGGACAUGUGGGCAGGACUCUGGCAGAAGCGCUACAAGUUCCCCGAGACCUCGACGGCCAUCGCUUACGAGCAGCACGGGUUCUUUGAGCAGGCCCAGGAGAUGUACGAGAAAGCGAUGGAGCAUGCGAGGAAAGAGCACGAGAAGGGGAACGCUUCCCCCUCUGUCUUCCCCGAGUACCAGCUGUGGGAGGAACACUGGAUUCGCUGCUGCAAGGAGCUCAACCAGUGGGAGGCGCUGACGGAGUACGGGCAGGCCAAGGGCCACGUGAACCCCCACCUCGUGCUAGACUGCGCCUGGAGGGUCUCCAACUGGGGAGCCAUGAAGGAGGCGCUUGCGCAGGUGGAGUCGAGCUGCCCGCGCGAGCUGGCCUGGAAGGUGAACAUGUACCGCGGCUACCUGGCCGUGUGUCACCCCGAGGAGCAGCACCUUGCGGCCGUGGAGCGCCUGGUGGAGACGGCGAGCGGGCAGGCGAUCCGCGAGUGGCGCCGCCUGCCGCAGGUGGUGUCGCACGUGCACACGCCGCUGCUGCAGGCCGCGCAGCAGGUGAUGGAGCUGCAGGAGGCGGCGCAGAUCCACGCGGGCCUGCAGCCCGGCAGCCUGGGCCGCCACAACAGCCUGCACGAUAUGAAGGCCAUCGUGAAGACGUGGCGCAACCGCCUGCCCAUGGUGUCCGACACACUGUCGCACUGGAGCAGCAUCUUCAUGUGGCGCCAGCAUCACUACCAGGCGAUCGUGACGUCGUACGAGGCAUGCUCACAGGGCGACCCCAACGGCAGCCAGGCCCUGCUGGGCGUGCACGCCUCCGCCUCAGCCAUCAUCCAGUACGGCAAGAUGGCCCGCAAGCAGGGCCUCGUCGGUGUGGCUCUGGACUCACUCAGCCGCAUACACACCAUCCCCUCCGUGCCCAUCGUCGACUGCUUCCAGAAGAUACGCCAGCAGGUCAAGUGCUACCUGCAGAUGGCGGGCGUCAUGGGCAAGAACGAGUGCAUGCAGGGACUGGAAUUGAUCGAGUCAACGAACCUCAAGUUUUUCACCAAGGAGAUGACGGCGGAAUUCUACGCGCUCAAGGGGAUGUUCUUGGCUCAGAUCAACAAAUCGGAGGAGGCCAACAAGGCCUUCUCGGCGGCCGUGCAGAUGCACGACGUGCUGGUGAAGGCGUGGGCCAUGUGGGGCGACUACCUGGAGGCCGUGUUCGUUAAGGAGCGCCAGCUCCACCUGGGCGUCUAUGCCAUCGCCUGCUACCUGCACGCCUGCCGUCACCAGAACGAGCACAAGUCCCGCAAGUACCUGGCCAAGGUGCUGUGGCUGCUGAGCUUCGAUGACGAGAAGAACACGCUGGCGGAGGCGGUCGACAAGUACUGCGUCGGCGUCCCUCCCAUCCAGUGGGUGGCGUGGAUCCCGCAGCUCCUCACCUGCCUGGUGUGCAGCGAGGGGAAGCUGCUGCUCAACCUCAUCAGCACGGUGGGCCGUGUCUACCCACAGGCAGUCUACUUCCCAAUCCGUACGCUCUACCUGACGCUCAAGAUCGAACAGCGGGAGCGCUACAAGAGUGGCGAGGUCCUGGCUGGUGGUGCUGCCGGUGGGGCCGGCAGUGGCGGCGGCGGGGGUGGCGGCGGUAGCAGUGGUGGUGGCGGUGGUGGCGGUGCCACCGCCGACUCGCGCCGCGCCACGCCAGCUGGUGCCGUAACUCCUGGCUCGAAGCCUGGUGGGGGUGCUGCUUCUGUGUCGGGGAUCAUGACCUCUGUGUCAUCGUCGCAUGUAGCGUCCGGUUCGCCCGGUCCAGGAGGAGGAGGCACACAGGAGCAGGCAGGCACCGGCAUCGUCGGGAGUCAGCAGGUGCCUGGCUCGAGCCCGGACCCGGGCCCCAUCCGAGCGACGGCGCCGAUGUGGCGCUGCAGCCGCAUCAUGCACAUGCAGCGCGAGCUGCACCCUACGCUGCUGUCCUCGCUCGAGGGCAUUGUCGACCAGAUGGUGUGGUUCCGUGAGAACUGGCACGAGGAGGUGCUAAGGCAGCUGCAGCAGGGCCUGGCCAAGUGCUACUCGGUGGCGUUUGAGACGCGCGGCGGCGUGACGGAGGCGCGCAUCACGCCGCACACGCUCAACUUCGUCAAGAAGCUGGUGAGCACGUUCGGCGUGGGCCUCGAGAACGUCUCCAACGUCUCCACCAUCUUCUCGAGCGCCGCGUCCGAGUCGCUCGCUCGCCGCGCACAGGCCACCGCCCAGGACCCCGUCUUCCAGCAGCUCAAGGGGCAGUUCACAACCGACUUUGACUUCAAUGUGCCCGGCUCCACGAAACUGCACAACCUCAUCUCCAAGCUGAAGAAGUGGAUCAAGGUGUUGGAGGCCAGGACAAAGCUGCUGCCCAAGUUCUUCCUCAUCGAGGAGAAGUGCCGCUUCCUGAGCAACUUCUCGGCUCAGACGGCCGAGGUGGAGAUCCCCGGAGAGUGCCUCCUUCCCAAGCCCACGCACUACUACAUCAAGAUCGCCAGGUUCAUGCCGCGGGUGGAGAUCGUGCAGAAGCACAACACGGCGGCGCGGCGCCUCUACAUCCGCGGCCACAACGGCCGCCUCUACCCCUACCUGGUGAUGAACGACGCCUGCCUCACCGAGUCGCGGCGUGAGGAGAGGGUCCUGCAGCUGCUGCGGCUCCUCAACCCAUGCCUCGAGAAACGCAAGGAGACCGCCAAGAGGCACCUGCUGUUCACUGUGCCACGCGUGGUGGCGGUGUCCCCGCAGAUGCGGCUCGUCGAGGACAACCCCUCGUCGCUCUCCCUGCUCGAGAUCUACAGGCAGCGCUGCGCCAAGAAGGGCAUGGAGCACGACAACCCCAUCUCGCGCUACUACGAGCGCCUCGCCACCGUGCAGGCGCGCGGCACCCAAGUCAGCCACCAGGUGCUGCGCGACAUCCUCAAGGAGGUGCAGGCGAAUAUGGUUCCACGGGGAAUGCUGAAGGAGUGGGCUCUGCACACGUUUCCCAGCGCCACCGACUACUGGACCUUCCGCAAGAUGUUCACUGUGCAGCUGGCCUUGCUGGGCUUUGCCGAGUUCGUGCUGCACCUCAACCGCCUUAACCCGGAGAUGAUUCAGAUCGCACAGGACACGGGCCAGCUAAGCGUGGCCUACUUCCGCUUCGACAUCAACGACGCGACGGGCGACCUGGACGCCAACCGUCCCGUCCCGUUCCGCCUCACGCCCAACGUGUCCGAGUUCCUGACGCCCGUCGGCGUCGCUGGCCCGCUCGCCGCCUCCAUGAUCGCCAUCGCGCGCUGCUUCGCGCAGCCGUCGUUCAAGGUCGACGGCAUCCUCAAAGCCGUGCUGCGGGACGAGAUCAUCGGCUGGCAGAAGAAGACGGCCGAGGACGGGCAGGGCGGCCCCGCCACCGGCACGAGCGGCGCCACGGUGGGCGGCGCCGGCGGCAGCUCGGGCGGCGGUGGCCAAAUGGAGGGCACGGACUCGCAGCAGCUGGUGGCCCUGCUGCAGAAGGCGUCGGCGGCGGUGCUGACGCGGCUGCACUCGCUGGCGCAGUUCGAGUGCGCCGAGAGCAAGGUCACCACGCUGGUGGCGGCGGCGAACAGCCCCGACAACCUCUGCCGCAUGGACCCAGCCUGGCACCCGUGGCUCUGAGCUGUAGCGUGGGGUUGAGGUGCAAACGGGGUGAGGAUGUCUCUGCCCACCUGGUGAGAGAGACAUAUAUAUGAAGACAGAGUCUAUAUACACAGGCUGUAGAUUUGGAACACUACAGUUGCGGGGUUAGAUUUCAGCAGCCAUUCUCUAAUUGGCAGAGUCAGGCUCGCUUGAAUAAAGGCUGGCGAGAACUGCCCAUCGUACAGGCACGAGAGAACCCCCCCUCUCCACGAUAUUGGCUCCAUGUCCGUUGCAAAAUGAUAGAGGACAAAAUAAUCACCGGCGUCGUUGUGGAGAACAGUUCCGCAUGUAGGUUGUCAUUCACAACACUGCUCACGAUUGUAUUCGUCGUGGUUCGGGUGAUCAAUUGCAUCUGUACUGACGUGGGGAUAACCGGCCCAGUAACAUGAGAAAAGUUAUAGUGGAGCAGUGGCACUGUGUUUAGAGCGCUGUGAACCCAACUGCUCCAGUUCGAUUCCCGGACCAUGGCUAACAUAUCGGCGGGCGAACCGUUCCUGGGUCAUCCGACCCGCCACUCCCCCCAACCCCUUCACCAACCGCGCGGUGAAGUAUGGUCAAACGACCCCCAUGACAGACACAAGUGUUGUGAUGAGGCUUCUUCAUCCAGCAGUGGAUUGACCGCGCUGUACAUAUGUAAAUACACGGAUCGGUCAUCACGGUCAAUUCCGUUGACACCGCUCCAACACCUCCUCCUCCCCCGGACAGAAGGUGGACGACACAACUCCACGCUUUAUACGUUAUUACGGAGGGCGGCGUGGCUCUUUACCCAGUUCUAUAUCCUCCUGAAGACCGUGGCCUAGGCCGUGACGGAGACACGCGCGCCGCAGCGGGAGCCGGGCGGCUUGUUUCGAAGCUCGCUCCCGGCAGGCCGUGGUUGAGUACGCGAGCGGACGAGGCGCCCCCCCCCCACCCCCCCCCCCCCCGUGGGUCUUCGCCCACUUGCGUGAGAAGUUUUAUUGGUCGUGCGCCAGGUAGCCGAGCACCACCGGCACCCUCCCUCCCGACUGAGAUUGCCCCGCGUUCCAACCCAGUGUUCCUUCCACGUAAGUCUGCCAACGUUUUCUCUGCGAGCGUGUAGGGUGGGUUCAGGAGCCCUGUGCCUGAGACGGACGCGGCCAGUGUGUCGGCGGCUGGUGCUUGUGUGUGUGUGUGGCGGGGUCGGGAAACAGUGCGAGAAAAUCAGGUGAAUUCGCUGGUCCCCAGCCCCGUACCGGUUCAUCCGUUGGUGCCAGCGAAAGUAAUUUCGUCCCAACGGCUCAUUUGUGUUCCACAGUGCACAAGUGACGUUGCGUUUGUGUGCGUCUUGUCUUUGUGCUUGUGUGUCUGUGUGUGUGCGGAGCGGUAGUGUGGCGUUUAGCGUGCUGCGCUACAAACCCGGCGCCCAGAGUUCAAUUUCCAACAACAGCCAACAAGUCAUUGGAGAAUAUCUGAACCUGUUCUGGGCCUCCCCUAGGUCAACUCAGCCUUAUUUAAUGAGUACCCAGUGCAGUGUGUGUAUGUAUCAUCGUUACUGGGGAGACAUAGUGGUCCGAAGCGUGGUGUAGGCCACACCACCCAUUUAGUGCACCGUGUCGGCCUUCUUCGGUGCUCACUAAUAGCCACAACAUCAACGCUGGCCCCAACAGUGCCAUCGUAGGCUACACAGGGGUACGUGUGUAGUACGUGUGUCUGUUUUUUGUUGUUGUAGCAGCAGAGGGCUAAAAACGUAGCGACGGGCGUAAAUGAGAGCGUGGUCUUCCCGGAGACUCACUCGGGCUGGCUUGUCUGCCGGCGGUCAGUCGGCUUUGCAAGAGUUGUUCAAUUUCGGAGAUUCCGUUACAUUCCAACGCAACGCGCCCACUCAGUCCUCACUCUGGUUUUUGUUGUUGUUCUUCAUAGCUAUUAGUUGUCCAAGAAGACGGUGCUUAAAAUUAAAUAAGCAAAAGCCGUUUUUUUUGUUUGUUUCACACAAGUGUAACGCACGCGUUCAAUCGCUAAGUUGGUGCCCUCGCGGUGCAAGGUUCCCGAGUGAGUGUGGACACGUCUUGAAUCGGGAUGAAGGGUGUGUUAUUUGAACAGAAACGUUGAGCGAGUGAGUGGCCACAUCCCAAAUGUCCCUGUGAUGCCAGCUUGUUUUGAGAUUGGCGGUCGGGUUUUUGAUACGAAGUACGGUCGCGUCGGGACUUGCCAGACGUUUUAGAUUUAAAUGUGGGAAGAGUGUUUUCCAAGUGGUAAAUGUGGUUUCCCACCAUGUUGCGGCCACAGGUCUAGGCCGUGACGAUUUCACGUUUAAAACCCUUUUCAGUUCCGCCGCGUUCGACGGAGACACCUCAACGGCCGGGCUGUCCCUUCUGCUUUUUGUUGAAAGAGUAAUAAAUACAUGUAUUUGGUAUUUUC